AUGGAUGGGUAAGAAUCUUUACCAUCGAAAUAAAACGAGGACUAAGAGUACAAUGUCGAGGUCGCGAUGAACUAAGAUUGUUCACGCGUGGCUCGCUUUGGGAGCAUAUCUUAUCACACAUCUCAUAAGCUGAUGGCAAAUUAAAGUAGGAAGAUUCUUUAUGCAUAGGUUCUUAUGUAUUCGGAAAAAAUCCUGAUUCGAUCAGCAGAUGCUAGAUAUUGAAUCAUCAAAAUUGUGGGAACGGAGAUAUUUUCGAUCGUAUCAUGAGCGUCUGUACGUCCGAUGGCCCUUUUUAUUGCGAACGUUCUCCUGUAAAUUAGGUCAUUGAACACCAUCACAAUACAUUUCACCUUCAAGUUUCUUGAACUAGUUAAAAUUACCGCUCUUAAUCAAUAUUUCUAUACCCUAUCCAACUAGCUAAAUUGAUCAUAAGUUACAGACCGAUCGAAAUAGCUACUAACAGAACUCGUGUUGCAUGCAUAGAAGGCAAGCCAUGCAGUGAGGAGCUCAUUGUCUAGAGUUCCCCUGUUUUACUAGUCAUGGGCAAAAGAUGAUUACUAUUGUACGGAAGCCGAAAAGGGACCGCUAUCCAAAAUUAUUUUGCAGAUCCGAAAAAAUAUUAAGAAUCGAUAACUUUUAGACAAAUCACUUUAGGAAAGGUUGUCAAAUCAAGAAAACAAUGUCAAAUCCUGGUUUAAUUCAUAGAUCCACAAAUAACUUUCAUGAAAAUCGAAAAUAGUUUACAGUCUAAGAAUCUUUCCAAAAUCCAGAAAAUUUUUGCAAAUCAAGAAAAAUAUUUUGUCAUGUGACACUGGUGGCAGUAGUCGGCACUUUCUCACAAUACAGCACAUUGUGCUGCACUAGGCAGCACCAGGUCGACUUGGAGUCAAUAUACAAACAGACUAAACUGUACCAAGUGUCUUGUGAUGUUCUGCCACAAAUGUGGAAAAGAAUUUGUGAGUAAUGAGCUGUUCUGCUGUCAAUGUGGAACAUUAAAGAGACCCAAACAGAAAAAGGGGUUGUACAGUUCAUCAGAGGAGAGAUCUGCCACUGAACAUUACUUUGAAAGAGGAUUCUAUUAUGAUGCUAUUGUUCAGCUCUUAGAAAAGUGCCAUGAUAUCUCUAUGAACUUGAGGACUUUUAAGAGAAGAUUGCAUGAGUAUGGGUUGAGAAAAAGAAAUGAAGUCCAUUCAAAGCAUGAAGUUCAGGAGAUAUAAAUUAAAUGUGAAACUGAAGCCCCUUCAUCACUUCUUGGAUAUCAUUUUAAUAAACUUCAAGUCAUAUAAUUGAAAUUUGUGCCUAUUUACAGCCGAACCUAAUGUGAAUAUACAUUAAUUGGUUUCAAAUGUCAAUCACUGUGAUCAUAGGUGACCUCUGUACAAAAAAAACAUUGCAUGACAAAAGUUUAAAAACAUGACAGUUCAUAAGGGUCUGUGUUGAAUGUGUAUGAAGAAUCUGACAAUCGUGCGAUAUGGAACAAGCUAAGAACAAGCUACAAUAUGGCUGUUCCUCAAGACAUGGUCAUGCAGAUUUUGUGAGAGCUUGAUCCAGAGGCAUCUGUCUCUGGAUCAGUUUUCUGUUCAGAUUUCUGUACACUUGGUACAGUUUAGUCGGCUCACGUAGUGACUCCAACUCAACCUAGUGCAACCUACUGUGAUACAAUGUGCUGUAUUGUGACAAAGUGUAGACCAGUGGCGUUAGUGUCACAUGACAAAAUAUUUUUCUUGAUUUGGAAAAAAUUUCUGAAUUUUGGAAAGAUUUUUGGAUCGUAAACUGUUUUCAAUUUUUAUGAAAGUUAUAUGUGUUUAUGAAUUAAAGUUUGGAAAGGAAAGGUGAAUAUUUUUUCACAUUUGCAAAAUAUUUUUCAGCUUUUGUACUAUUGGGUAAAGAAUGAGUGGAAAUUAUUGGAAAAUUCAUACUGUGGCAGUAUCAGUGGCAUCCCUUUUGUUUCACUCUAUGGACAUGUAAUUAGGCAUAUCCUUAUUCUUCAAUAUGUUUAUAUGCUAAAAACACGCUGCUUUCUUGUACAGAGUGCUGGAAAUAUUUUUAAAAUCCUAUAUUUCUGUUUGAUUCUGUUAGAUAGCCUUUUCAACACUAGAGAACAGUUAUUAUUACCAAUGAAAGAAGGUACCUCACUUUUCCCCAUAGUUUGUAAGGUCCUGCAAUUUAUUUUGGAAUUAUCAGUUGCAAGAUGAAUAGAACAGGGUCUAUGCUACAAAUGGCAUUUUUUUAAGUCAACAUUUUACUAGCUUGCAUUUGGUACAGAAACUUUGGUGGGUGUAACCAUUCACGAUUACAGCAAAUAAUUAAUUUACAUUGUCUUUUGUAGUCAUUUUGUACCAAACUUGACAUUUGGUACUCUGUUGGUCAAGUGCUUGAGAAAGAAAGUUCCUAAUGCCUUUUUUGGGUGAGAAAAUAAUUUUUUUGUAUCAAUGUUACUGUUAGUGGUAAUAAACAAAGUAAACUUGAAGUUUAUAAAAAUGCAAACUCAUAACAAAGUGUUACAAAAAGGGUGUAAAAAGAGAGCAAAAGCAUUCAUGAUUAUCAUAAAUUAACCAAUGAUAAUUUUGUAAUCCAGUCUUGGAGAUAGACAAAAUUUGUGUUAGCAUUAUUUAGAUUGAUAGCUAUCAUUAUUACAUACUAAACAUUUAAGGAUGGAAUUACGGAAGUAUAUAUUAUGAGCUGGUAGUAAUGGUCCAGCAGAGUCUUUGAGCAUGAGUCAAAUCAGGUGAGAUUCUCCCUGUCAAAUAUUUGACUUCAGAUAUGCAUAUGAUGGUAGGAAAUCCAAGGUACAGACUCUGAUUGAUCUGAUUAGGCACAAAGAUUUCAAUAUGGAUCUUGUAGUUAUACAUGAGUUCUUGAAAUUUUGAGUCUUUCUUUAUGAAUUAUUGUUUUUAAAAGAUUGUUCAGUUUCAUCCUAAAAUUUGCAUUUUAUAUCAUAUUGACAAAUGGUAUUAUAAUGUAUACUCUCUCCCAGACAUUUACAGAACAUUAAAUUUUCUAGAAUUCAAGCAGGAGAUCCUCAGAUAUGAAACAGUAGGUCUAAAGAUGUUUCCCUCCUAGUUUUCCCUCUCAGCUUUUUAGUUGUAUAUAGUUUAUAAAUAAUAUUGAAAUUGUAAGACAGUAUAUUUUUAUUUCAUUUCAGCCAAAGAUAUUAGCUCAGCUAAAGCUUAAAUAAAUAAUUUGCAUUUUGUAUUGUAUACCUUUAACCCCCCCCCCCCCAUCACCCCUCACUUCCCAAACAAUGGUAUAAUAAUUUGACUAAAGCCUUAAGAGAUUAUGACGGUUCUUUUGAUUGAUUUUAAAGAAGUCACGUAUGAGGUUAGUCAUUAAAUUAUUAAUAAAUUAAUGAAUUGUUUUUAACUGUAUAGUGGGUGGGCGACAUGGCAGAUGCUGGGGCUGACCAAUACACUUUUCACUUGGAAGCAACAGGUAGGAAUGAUGAAAAAAAACUUUGUCAAUCAUUGCUGUAGUAAAAAUUAAUUGUUCUAAACAAAAUUAUCAUCACAAUAAUUACUACAUGUAUUGUAAUUCAUAAUGAUGAUAAAAUUCUGAUCCUGAAGCCCUACUUUUGUUUUGAUUUAAUAAUGUUUCUAUACGGCAAUUGUUUCUUGACAGAAAAUUAUAUUUGUAUGUUUUUAGAUAAGCUAGUGGACUUAAUAAAUCAAAUUAAGGAGGCUGGAAUGAAGGUAUUAGUAAAAAUAGCCAUAAUCAUGCUAGGUCAGUAACCAUUUAGUACCUAAGUUUUAGUUCAAAAGGAGGAAAACAUUUCAAGUUUUCAUGACCCAUUGUUAUAAUGUGGCCCCCAGAGUUAGAUCCACCACAGUUGGUGGGGCUACAGUAUAUGUUCCUUUUGUAUCUGGUGGUGUUGCAUCAAUUUUGAAUGACUUAGUUUGUUUGGAGAUGUACAUGUUUGUAGAAUGUCUCAUUAGAUUGGUAAGUAUUUUUCCUGCAAUAAACUGGUACAAGCCCUUGUGUAGAUCUUCUCCAUUGUAUGUGUGUCAUUGGAAGUGUAGUCAAAAUAAUCAUUUUGUUACACAUUGCACACUCUGCACAAUGCAGUGCAGCGAAUUUGUAUACCAUACUUGUUCGACCACAUUUACUGUCACUUGAGUACAGACAUAGAAGACAUUCUGCUUGCACUUGCGAAGUUGCAAGGAACUUAGAAAUAGAGUUUUAUACUGUCUGCUUUAAGGUAAACUUUUUAAUAUUUUUUGUUAAAGUUUGUAUUGGCAUCAAGCCCAACACAUCAGUUGAAGCUGUCAUGCCAUUUGUGAAACUAGUAGAUAUGGUUCUUGUUGACAGUGGAGCCUGGAUUUGGAGGACAAAAGUUCAUGAUAGACAUAUUUCCAAAGGUAAAUUGCUUAGAUUAAAAUUUAGGUUACAAUUUACAUCCUCAAAGGGAGUGAUGCAUGUUAUUGGGUACUUUAUGAAUAAUAUCUGAGAUACAGUACUUUAUUUCAGACCAAGUACCCUAUAUUUCAAGUUGGUUCACCUUAGGGGACUACUAAACUGACAAUUUCUUCAGUUUGAGUUAUGUUAUUUUGCAGGUCAAACACCUUAGAACUAAGGACAGGGUUUUGGACAUUUAGAUGGUGGAGUAAGAAUUCCUACAAUUGAAGCAGCUGCUCAGGUACCCACAAUGUAGUGAUACUUUUACAGUUAUAGCCAACUUCUUGAUCAAGUUGCAUCAUUCUACAGUGAUUUAAAAUUCUUUUGACAAAGUUAUCAUCUUGGGCUGAAAUCUAACACUGUCCAUGAAAACUUUCACAACUUACUGUACAGAAUACUAGUGGAAUCAGGACAAGUUGUCUCAUUGUUUCGCUGAAAUGACAGGCCCUUUAUCCCUGUGAUGUUGAGAUAUGCAAAUGUUGAUUUGAUGCUUUGGCUGCGGCAUUUUGAAAGACAAAACUUUUGUUUUCUGAAACAAUGCGGAACAAAGGAAGCUGACUGUGUUGAAUAACAAAAGUAAAAACAAGCAAACAUGCCUUUGAAUGUGUGUUGGCCAUGUACCUCUGAGCUGUACUGUACAAAAGCUUUCAUUUUCACCAUCUUGAAGUCACUGGACAGUCAUCCCAUAAGUUAUUGCCAGAGAAUUAAGAUGAUUAGUGAUACAAUGGAUACUAGCCAAGGCUUUGCUCAUAAACUGGUCAUGGACUAGUCAGCACAGAAAUUGGAGGCAUGGUCACUCAUAUCCGACAAAGUAUAAAGGGGGGAGAGACUAUCAUUGAAAAUUGACUGGCAAUGGAGGGGGGGGGAAUCAGGCAAUGAAUCCAGUCUCAAAUUGAUCAGAUUGUGAUGGUUCAAACAUAUUACCCUAAGGCCUCUGCACACAAAUACUGAUGAAUUUGAAGUCCAGGUUGUGUAACCUAGGUUGCCAGUCUCCACAAUGUCUGGUUUGCUUCAAGACCCUGUUUUGUGUUUCUUUCGAUUAGUAAGAAUGGUUCCUG